AUGCCUGCCAUUGAAAAGACUGCCGCGGGCUCGCGCGAGUCUCCCCGCUGGUCCAGCGACGAAGUGACCGUCCUUUUCGUCCUUGGUGGCCCCGGUGCCGGAAAGGGUACGCAAUGUACGAAGCUCGUCAGUGACUAUGGCUUCAAGCAUCUCUCUGCUGGUGAUUUGCUGCGCGAAGAGCAGAACCGCGAGGGCAGCGAGUUCGGCGAGAUGAUCAAGACGUACAUCAAGGAAGGCACUAUCGUGCCCAUGGAGGUUACCGUUCAGCUGUUGGAGAACGCAAUGGAGGCCAGCAUGGAGAGCGGAGAGAACCACGGAAAACUGUUCCUGAUUGAUGGCUUCCCGCGCAAACUCGACCAGGCCCACGCUUUCGAGCGCUCCGUCUGCCCUUCCAAGUUCACCAUCUUCUUCGAGUGCUCCGAAGCUGUCAUGGAGAAGCGACUCCUCGUCCGCGGCGAGACAUCAGGACGCGCUGACGACAACCUCGAGAGUAUCAAGAAGCGCUUCAGGACAUUCGUGGAGACAAGCAUGCCCGUGGUCAAUGAAUUCGAGUCCCAGGAUAGGGUUGUCAAGAUCAACGCAGAGCAGGAGCCUGACCAAGUUUACCGGGACGUUGUGGAGAAGCUCAAGGAGCGUGGCGUGAAGCCCAUCAACAUCACCUUUGUGCAGACACAGGCUUCAUAG